AUGCGUCGUCAAGGCAAGAAUACCACAAAGCGGAGUAUGCUGCUUCGUGUUGGCUCGUUUAGUCUCGAUGCUGAGCGUACGGAUGGGAGUACGGUCAUGGCGGGACUUUCGCCGACUUCUGGGGGCAUCAUCACACCUCGCCGCAUCGUGCGAAGUUUGAAUGUGUCCCCUGCCGUGACCCAGCUUGUGCCACUGGACGCCGUAGCUCAGCGUCCUCUGUCGACAGAGACGAGCGCCACUGUUCUUAGCGAGGAGGUCUUGGAUGAUUUGAUCAGCGAAUCCGUAAGCGCAACUUAUGUGCCCGAAGGAAGUCUUCCCCUACUGGGAGUACAUAAUGGACCCGCUGAGGGAAUGACGGCGUCGUUUGACCCUGGCAAUCAAAAAAGCAUGAGCUACAGUCUGACACGGAUGACAGAUAAGGAUUCCUUGUGUUCGUCUUCGCUCUCUGGCGGGUCCUCCACCCAUUCAUUCUCUCACGAAUAUACGCUUGCGUUUGACGUAGAAAGUGUUUAUAGUUGCAGUUUGUCGUGCGUGGGCGACGCAAAACACGGCACACGGAGUGUGAGUCGUCAAAUGGCCUCUCCCGCUGCAACAGCAGCCGAAACAGCGGCUGCCGUUGCAGCCGCCACUCCGAAUAAUAGCGUUCCGGGCUGUGGGGACACUAUCACAAGGGAUCCAGAAGCCGGCAUUGUUCAGCUUAUUGCGACUGGUGACGGCUCCAACGCCGUGGAGUUUGGACGGGGGCGAAGGAUUGUAAACGUGCGACGUGAGGAACGUAUCGGCCGUGGCGGGUACGGUGACAUAUUUCGCGCUGUGGACCUUGACACAGGCCUUCCCCUCGCCAUAAAAGAAAUUCUUGUGACCGCAGAUAUUAGCAAGGAUGUGGAGAAGCAGCUUCGUGCAUUGGAGCGGGAGAUAAGAGUGAUGCGAAAGUUAAACCAUAAGCACAUCGUCAGCUACUAUUCCGCCAGGCGUGACGAAUCCUGCAGUGCAUUACUGAUUUAUAUGGAAUACGUUGGUGGUGGUACGAUUGCGCAAAAGCUUCGUACCAAUGGCCCCUUUUCCGAGGAUGAGACUCGGCAUUACACCCGACAAUUACUGGAGGGAUUGGAUUACCUUCACCAAAGACGCAUUGUGCAUCGUGACUUAAAAGGUGAUAACUUGUUUCUGACGGAGGAUGGUGUUCUUAAAGUGGGAGAUUUCGGCACAAGUAAAGAGUUACAAACGACGCUUGUGACAGACAGUGUGGCUGGCACCCCGAAUUUCAUGGCACCAGAGGUAAUUGCCUGUAGUGGUCAUACCUGCAUGGCCGAUAUAUGGUCGGUGGGUUGCUGCGUCUUGGAGAUGCUGACAGCUCACCCACCCUUUUGGAAUUUAGACAACCACAUGGCAGUGAUGUUUGCCAUCAUGAAGGGUCGCUUAGAGGAGCAGUUGCCACACCAAAUUUCUGGAGACGCCAAAGACUUUAUUAGAGCCUGUCUACGCAACGACCCUAAGGAGCGCCCGACGGCUGCGCAGCUGAAACAGCACCGUUGGCUGCUAUCCAAAGAGGAAAACGAGGAUGUGGGAAGCCGCGUGCAAUCGUGUCUCUCCUUGUCAAGUUUAGGAUUCUCAAAUGGAGAUGGGAAACACAGGGAAGGCCAGUGCACCACGCAGGAGGGAUCAAUGACUGCCAGGAAGGAUGUCUUUAAGAGCAGCACGGCGCCGGUCGUGUCGAUCAUUCCUGACGGAAACAACACCAGCGGUGGGAGCCCCGUAAACAGCUCGAAGAGUGGGAGCAAAAAAACAGGAAAAAGAAAGCGAAUACUGGACCCGCCCGCGCCCUCGACGGCUGCCAAAUCCCCCAGCGGCAGUGCACCUAACCUCAUGCCGCCCCUCGCCACCCCGUUGAGCAACGGCCAGUUGACCAAUCACACAAAACAAACCACGACGCGGUCUGCGCCCCAUGCGAAUGGCGUCAAACACGGUAAAAGCAACACCAAGGUUGGUAUUGGCAGCACUAGGAACGGCGGCGUGAGUGGUGGCCGCGGCGAACCGAAGCGCGGCGGCCUGACUUCCGAGGGGUAUGUCGUCACAAAAACGACCAAAGGUGGGCGGCUCACCACGCCAAGGCUGGAGGCCACGACGUGUUCUACGCGUUAA